AACUAGCUCUGGGUCAUGGUCUCAAAGCGGUUCCAUCGAGGGCCUCUGUCUCUGGUUUUCCACUCUCUGCUCCAGCUCCUCCUGAUCACCUUGACCAGGUGUGUUCAGUCAGUGGCCGCCCAGAAAAGCCAGCGGACACACCUGAUCAGGGUAAUCAGCAGAGAGCGUUGGAAACCCCGCAGGGACAGCGGCCCUCGACGAGCCCGGUUUGAGACCCAUGCUACAGCUAAAACCCUUGAAACUUCGUGUCUCAGGAUGAUUUCAAAUGGAUCUUUUCGAGUCUCCAGAGCAACAAAUUCUGCUCAAAGUCUAAGGAAAGACGCUCCCGUGACGUCAGAGGUGUCGGAGGAACGCGCCAAGAGUAAAUUCAAACCUGGCUUUAAUGUGAAGCCAAACGUCUCGGCUCAAACUCUUAUUGAGCGAUACAAACAAGGCGCGACGCAUGCAGUGACGCUGCUCUAUCAACUCAACCAGAUUCUGCCGUUCAACCUGGAACUGAAAGAGACGGUGACUUCGGACAACAUACCUGGAAGUUACUUUGCCUUCUGUGCGGUCAUUGAUGGGGUCAAGUAUAAGACGGGCAUGGGAAUCACCAAGAAGGAGGCUCGAUUAAAGGCAGCAGAGCUCGCCUUGCAGGACUUCCUGCCCUCUUUGGAAAGUCUGAAGUGUUCCCUCCCUGAAUUAUCAGGUGUCCCUCCACCGCUUCCAGUAAAAGAGGAAGUCCCCACAUCUGACACUCGUCCUUUUCGAGCUUUUUGUGACGGGAAGAAUUCUGUCAACCAGCAGCUAAUUCACGCUGUCCGAGACAAGCUUACUAAACUGAUGAGCAGUCAAGAGUUUUCUGCCUGUUCUGGCACCACCGCAGCCUUCAUCAUGCAGACAUCCAGUGGUUUCGAAGUGGUUGCUCUUGGCACAGGAGACUGCAAUACCAAAGAAAGUGCCUCUUCAAGUGGGCGGCUGGUGCAUGACUCCCAUGCAGUUGUGACUGCAAGGAGAUCUCUAAUGAGGUUUCUGUAUCGACACCUACUGAUGUUCUACAGCAAAACGACUAAUUUGACAAAGAAGUCGAUCUUCCACCAGAACAGCAACAGCAAUCUGCUCGCUCUGAAGAGCGACAUCAUCCUUCACCUUUACGUGAACCAGCUCCCAAAGGGUGCUGCUCGAAUGCCUUCCAUGCUGCGCCUGAGUCCAUUUUCCAUGCAUGCAUGGGAAGUCCGCAACGACAUGGGCCUGCAUCUGUCAAUGGAGGGCAAGAUAAUUUCAGUUUUCUCAUCAAGGAUUGAUGACUCAGCCUCAAAGUUAAUCAGCAUGUCCACCACAGACAAGAUCACUCAGUGGCAGGUUUUGGGAUACCAGGGAGCCUUGCUCAGCCACUUCAUCGAGCCAGUCUAUGUCCAGAGCAUCCUUAUAGGAGAUUCUAGUUGCAGUCAAACCCGCGGCAUGGAGAUUGCCAUAAUUCAACGUGUGGAGGAUAUAACACCUCAGCUGCCUAUGUUCUUCUGCAUGAUAAGGCCUCGCAUAAGCCUGGUGCCUUCUGUGGCUCCUGACAUCAUUGGCAGUAGCCCCUGGACUUGUAGUAUCAACUGGAGUGAAGGAGACUGCUCUUUAGAAGUUGUGGAUAGUCUGGAGGGCAGGACCAUAGAGGACUGUCUCUUGUCACUUAUCAUGCCUAGCUCUCCAUUUAAGAGUGGCCCUGCUCUGGCAAGUCGUCUGUGCAAGGCAGCAAUGCUGCACCGCUUCAGGUUGGUGGCCAAGGAAGCACAGAGGCAGGACCUGCUCUCCACAAGCUCCUACAGAGAAGCCAAGAACAUGGCAAAGCCCUACCAGGAGGGCAAGAAGAAAUUGAGGACGUACCUGUCACAAUGUGGCUUUGGUUCCUGGCUGGCCAAACCUGCGGUUAGUGACAACUUUAGCAUGUAAACAAAAGCAGAUAAUUGCAUGUGUGGUCGAAGACACAUGGAAGCAACACCUGUUAAAACUGAGACUAUGAUGGGAAUCACUUUUGUUGAAUCUAUAGGGAUUAAAAACAAUUCAUGUUGAAGAUUAGCUUUGGGUUUGUUUUAACAACUUGAUCAGUCAGAUUUUCAAAAGGACACUGAUUCAUGUUUGCUUUUCUUCCUUUGAUACAUUUCUUACCAUAACACUAGUUAUACCUAAUCCAUAAAAAGCUUAUGGUAUGAGUAAUGUAAAUGUUUCACAUUCACCAUCCUGUGAAAUACUAACUGGACAAUCUGAGUUCUUAUUGUUACAUAUGUUCUCUAAAGGUGACAGUUUCAUUUGUUUCAUUGUGUUCUGAGUCAUACUUUAUGGUUUGACUUAAUAAAACAAAUAAUAAUA